CAAUUAGAAAGAUAAUGCUAGGCAGGCGUUGCCGCGUUGGUUAUUCUUUUUACUCGAUUUUGUUUGAAAUAAAUAAGACACUAGCCAAUUAAUUAACAAAUACGACAGUUUGGCCGAGUGGUCUAAGGCGCCAGAUUUAGGCUCUGGUCCGAAAGGGCGUGGGUUCAAAUCCCACAGCUGUCACUUAUUUUUUCCCGUGUUUAUCCCUUUCCUCCAACAACUGCAGAUAUGGACCCGAGAAUCCAAACAGAAAUACAGAAUCAUAUAACAACGCGCGUUCUCCACUUCACAAUCUGCAAUUCUGCAUUAGUUUUCUUUUGCCAACUUGCAUGCCUAGUGGCCGUAAGAUUCCAAAUACUAGCACGUCCUCAUUUGGCGGUAGCCGCCGACAUGGCCUCAUCAUAAACCCAUGACUACUGCAGAACUUGGAGGACCCAGCAAUCUCAUUGAUGGCUGCAUUUACAAUUCAUACAAGAUAUCCAAACAAGCAAAGUGGAUCAAAAUAUCCUAGUACGAGGGGGAUAUGGCUGUCCACCACCAAAUCGCCAUUGCUACACCAAACCAGCAAGUAGCACAGCACAUUCCCACAAUUCCUCAAGUCAAAUACUUUUUCCCGGCCGCACUGCGCUUCCACGGGGUUUUUAAUAUAAUUACAGCCCACAAUAGUACAGUACAACAACUGGGUUUCCCAUUGAUGAAGUUAAGUACUUUCCUUAACAUCAUCCCGUGACUUAGAGAAGUCAGUCAACGUCAACUCCUCUUCUACAAUAUUCCCACUACGUAAUCAGCAGCUUCAUAUAUUAAUACUCUACUCUCCCCUCAUUCCACUUCUCACAAACGAACUCUCAUCAAUCACACAACUCGAGAGGAAAAAAAGAGAAGGGGAAAAAAAUGGAGUCUCAAAAGAUGGCUCUGCCUGUGACGUUGCUGCUUUGUUUACUUCUGAUGGUCAACACUGUUCUCUCAGCAACAAGACCAACCUCGGCAGCUACAGAGGGUCAAGCCAUGAGGGCAUUCAGAAAAGGGAUUACUGUUGACCCAUUGGGGGCACUUGCAGACUGGAAGGAUUCAAUCCACCACUGCAACUGGUCCGGAGUCCUCUGCGGUCCUUCCUCCCUUUCUCGUGUCAUCGCCAUUACACUGCCUGGAAUGGAGCUCCAGGGUCAAAUAUCUGCUUCCCUUGCGAACCUGUCUUCCCUCCAGGUUCUUGACUUGUCUUCAAAUGCUUUCACUGGCUACAUUCCGCCUCAGCUUCGAUUCUGCACCCAGCUCACCAACCUCACUUUCUUCAACAACUCUCUCUCGGGCCCUAUUCCUUCCGAAUUCGGGGCCCUGAGAAACCUGCUUUCCUUAGAUGUUGGUGGUAACUAUCUCAAUGGAACCAUUCCUGAGACCCUCUCUAACUGUACUUCCCUGUCAGAUUUUACUGCUUUCUUCAACAACCUCACAGGAUCAAUACCUGAAAGCAUAGGGAAUCUAGUAAACCUCCGCGCCUUUAUAGUAUCUGUCAACUUCUUGGUCGGUUCGAUUCCCAGUUCCAUAGGCAAGCUAGAGAAUUUAGAGGUUCUGGACCUGAGUGCGAACGGGUUAACCGGAACCAUACCUCCACAAGUAGGGAAUCUGUCCAACUUACAGUACUUGUUAUUGUUUCAGAAUUCGUUCGAAGGGUCUAUCCCUUCUGAAUUGGGUCGGUGUACCAGUCUCAUCAAUCUCGAGCUAUAUCUCAAUAACUUCACUGGACCAAUUCCCUCAGAGCUAGGAAACUUGAGCCAGUUGGAAACCUUGAGGAUGUACGGAAACAGGUUGAACGGUUCGAUCCCAGUGUCCUUGUCAGGGUUGAAGUCGUUGAACCGUUUAGGGCUGUCUGAGAACCAAUUGAGUGGUGCAAUUCCCAGUGGGCUCGGAUCUAUGGAGUCAUUGCAGGUGUUGACCCUGCAUUCCAACAAGCUCACUGGGGAAAUUCCAACUUCAGUCACAAACCUUUCAAGCUUAACCUACUUGUCCAUAGGCUUCAAUUUCCUCACUGGGGCACUCCCAUCAAAUAUAGGAGCACUAUCAAACUUGAGAAACCUUAGUGCCAAUGACAACCUUCUUCAGGGAUCCAUUCCACCACAAAUCACCUAUUGUACUCAACUUCUUGCCAUAGAUUUGACUUACAAUAGAAUGGUUGGGAAGAUUCCGAAGGGAAUAGGGAGAUUGGAGAAUCUGACUUUGCUUUCUCUAGGGGGGAAUCAAAUGUCAGGGGAAAUACCUGAUGACCUUUAUAACUGUGUUUACCUUGAAUCCUUGACCAUCGGAUAUAACAAUUUUACCGGAUUUCUAAAACCCGGCAUUGGCAAACUAUACAACCUGAAGAGAUUACAUCUUAGCUCCAACUCUCUUCAAGGGCCAAUACCACCAGAGAUUGGCAAUUUAACCGCACUGGUUAGCUUGUUGCUGUCUGCAAAUAACUUUACAGGCCAAAUUCCACCAGAAUUGUCUAUGCUUUCCAAUCUCCAAGGGCUUAGCCUAGAUAGCAAUGCUCUGGAAGGCCAAAUACCAGAGACCCUGUUUGGACUUAAAAGUCUCACAGUUCUAUUGUUGGGGGGAAACAGGCUGACAGGCCCCAUUUCAGCUGCUAUCUCAAACCUCUCAAUGCUUUCAACAUUGGAUCUGCAUGGCAACGUGCUUAACGGUUCAUUACCAACCAGCAUGGAGAGCCUCAACACCAUAACAUCCAUAGAUCUCUCCCACAACAAUCUAACAGGUCCAAUUCCUGGAUCAGUGAUUGCAGGGAUGAAAAGCUUGCAGAUUUAUCUAAACUUUUCACAGAAUAACUUCAAUGGCGCAAUUCCAAACGAGUUGGGAAUGUUGCAAGCAGUGCAGGUCAUUGAUCUCUCCAACAACAAUCUAUCUGGUAGCAUCCCGAGUACAAUUAAGGGCUGCAGCAAUUUAUUCUCUCUUGACCUGUCAGGGAAUCAGUUAUCAGGUACAAUUCCAGGUGGUGCUUGGAGCGAGAUGACUGUGCUUACAAGCUUAAACCUUUCGAGGAAUGAGUUGGAGGGAGAAAUACCUGGGAAUCUAGCUGACUUGAAGCAACUGAACACCUUGGAUCUCUCACGGAAUCAGUUAAAUGGCACAAUUCCAGAGAGCCUUGCAAAUCUCACCACCUUGAAGCAUCUUAACCUGUCCUUCAAUCGACUCGAAGGCCAAGUUCCACAGUCAGGAGUUUUCAUAGAAAUGGAUUCAUCAAAUUUGGAUGGCAAUCUUGCUCUCUGUGGAACCAAAUCUGAUGGACCAUGCAGCAAGGGGAAAAGUUCAAGCACCUUCCACAAAAAGACGAUAUGGAUUCUUGUGGGACUUGGGGGAGUUUUCGUGCUUCUAGUGAUGUUAGUAUUGGCUUAUGUGCUCCUAAGAAAAGGUGCCAAGGAGAAUAAACCAGAAGCUGGCAGCAUUUCAGCCGACCCGGAUUUUUCUACUGCUCCCGGCAAACUUGCAAGGUUUGAUGGUGUACAGCUGGAGAAGGCAACCGAAUUCUUCAGUGAAGAUAACAUAAUUGGUGCAAGCAGCUUAAGUACUGUGUACAAAGGUCAACUUGAAGAUGGAAGUGUGGUAGCUGUAAAGAAACUCAACUUGGAUCAGUUUUCAGCAGAAUCUGACAAAUGCUUCUACAGAGAAGCCAAGACCUUGAGCCAGUUGAGACACAGAAAUCUGGUGAAGGUGCUCGGAUAUGCCUGGGAGAGCCCCAAGCUUAAAGCUUUAGUUCUGGAAUACAUGCCUAACGGGAGCUUGGAUGGUAUCAUACACAACCCACAGGUGGUUGAGCAAUCGAGGUGGACAUUAUCCGAGAGAAUCGACGUCUGCAUUUCAGUUGCAAGUGGAUUGGAAUAUCUGCAUAGUGAUUAUGACUUCCCUAUAGUUCACUGUGACUUGAAGCCCUCAAACAUACUGUUGGAUGAUGACUGGGUUGCCCAUGUCAGCGACUUCGGUACAGCUCGGAUCCUAGGUGUUCAUCUCGAAGAUAUCGGGAAUAACCCUAACUCAUCAUCAGCAUUCCAAGGAACCAUCGGCUAUAUGGCACCAGAAUUUGCGUACAUGAGAAGGGUCACUACAAAGGUUGAUGUCUUCAGUUUUGGGAUUGUGGUGAUGGAGCUACUCACAAAACGAAGGCCAACAGGACUCACAGACGAGCAAGGGCUACCUAUCAGUCUGUCUCAACUAGUUCAGAAGGCGCUUGCUCUUAUGAACAGCAAUGGCAUUGGUGAGAUUUUAGACCCUGAGUUUCGUGGAGAAGCAUCCAAGAAAGAAGAUCAACUGGAAAAGCUCUUGAAAAUGGCCUUGUGUUGCACCAGACCAAACCCAGAGGAUCGACCCAACAUGAAUGAGGUAUUGGCUUCCCUAGAGAAGCUCAGAGAAGCAUAAGAAAAUAUCACGAGCAGUGUUAAGUUUUUGCAUCUUUGUUGUAAUGAAUGGAGACAAUAAAG